CCCCGCGGGGAGGGAGCGCACCGCCCCUAGCCCGCGAGGCGGGAGCAAGCAGCCCUCCAUUGGUCGGGCUGGCGGGCCAAUCCCCAAAGGCCGCGGGCGGAGGUGGGGGCAGUGCGUGCGGGACUCCGGAGCCGACCCGAGGCUUUGCGGGACCUAGUCGGAUCGAGCCUCUUAGGCAACGCCUGCGCUCCUCCGACGCCCAGGGGAGCGACUUUCGAGCCUCUGGCGCUGCGGCCACUCCUCGGGGCCAGGAGCGGGGAAGCCGAGUGGGAGAACCCCCGAGCCAAGCGCAGCCUCUUCCCGCAGCCGAUCACCAUGACCCACUUCAAUAAGGGCCCUUCCUACGGGCUUUCGGCCGAAGUCAAGAAUAAGAUUGCUUCCAAGUAUGAUCACAAGCAGAAGAAGAUCUUCGCAAUGGAUAGAAGAAGUGACCGGCAUGAGCAUUGCACCAACUUUCAGCUGGGCUUAAAAGAUGGCAUAAUCCUCUGCGAACUCAUAAACAAGCUACAGCCAGGCUCUGUGAAGAAGGUUAAUGAGUCCUCAUUAAACUGGCCUCAGUUGGAGAACAUUGGCAACUUUAUUAAAGCUAUUCAGGCUUAUGGUAUGAAGCCACAUGACAUAUUUGAAGCAAAUGAUCUUUUUGAGAAUGGAAACAUGACGCAGGUUCAGACUACACUGGUGGCUCUAGCAGGUCUGGCUAAAACAAAAGGCUUCCACACAACCAUUGACAUUGGAGUUAAGUAUGCAGAAAAACAAACAAGACGUUUUGAUGAAGGAAAAUUAAAAGCUGGCCAAAGUGUAAUUGGUUUGCAGAUGGGAACCAACAAAUGCGCCAGCCAGGCAGGUAUGACAGCCUAUGGGACCAGGAGGCAUCUUUAUGAUCCUAAAAUGCAAACCGACAAACCUUUUGACCAGACCACGAUUAGUCUGCAGAUGGGCACCAACAAAGGAGCCAGCCAGGCGGGGAUGUUAGCACCCGGUACCAGAAGAGACAUCUACGAUCAGAAGCUAACCUUACAACCAGUGGACAACUCGACAAUUUCUCUACAAAUGGGUACCAACAAAGUCGCUUCACAGAAAGGAAUGAGUGUGUAUGGGCUCGGGCGGCAAGUAUAUGAUCCCAAAUACUGUGCUGCUCCAACAGAACCUGUCAUUCACAAUGGAAGCCAAGGAACAGGAACAAAUGGGUCAGAAAUCAGUGAUAGCGAUUAUCAGGCAGAAUACCCAGAUGAGUAUCAUGGCGAGUACCAAGAUGACUACCCCAGAGAUUACCAAUAUGGUGACCAAGGCAUUGAUUAUUAGAUUCACAGAGAGGAGCUCAGUAUUUAGCCCAUUGUUUUUAUUCAGUGAGAACCAAGCUAGCCUUGAGUAAUUUUUAUCUUGUCUUCCUAAAACACUAUUAUGCUUAUUGUACCUAAAACAAAUAUUGCCUUACAUACAUUCCUUUUUCCUUUUUCUGCCUCUUCCCUAAAUAGUUGCCUUUUAGUGCUGUAAUGGUUAAUUCCUACAGCAUAACCAAUAACUCGCAUAUGAAGUAAAAAGGAAUACUGUGAAAGGGGAGUACUCUUGUACAGCCAAUUCUUUUAUUACAGAUCUAUGCAUUUUUACAAUCUUCUACUUAAAUUGGUGUUUUCAAAUAAUAGGAAGCUUUUUUUUUUUUUUUUUACAGUUUAGUGUCUGGUUUCUAUGUGGAAGACUAAACUCAUGCUUAUAGCUAAGGUGGUGUUUGCCAGCUAAAUUUAAGAUGCAGCAUUUUAGAAAUUUACAUAUCAAUGUUUCUACAGUAUUG